GAGCACCCACGUGUUGAAAGUUGAUAAUGUCGAGACGACUUUCGCCCAUAAACAGACUUCCCUACCUCACCUUGCUACGUUUCAGCUCCAACAGUACCGGACAGUCUGCAGAGUACGUACCGCAUGAGGUGGAGAAGAAAUGGCAGUCCAAGUGGCGGCAGAAGUUGAAGGAGAGAGGUCACGUGACCAACGAGCUGCCCCCCGGGGUCGAUAAACAUUACACGCUGUCCAUGUUUCCUUACCCGUCCGGCAGACUUCACAUGGGCCACGUUCGAGUGUAUACUAUAUCAGAUGCCAUCGCACACUUUCACCGCAUGUCUGGAAAGAAGGUGUUGCAUCCGAUGGGGUGGGAUGCUUUUGGACUGCCUGCUGAGAACGCUGCCAUCGAGCGAGGCAUCGACCCUGCUUCCUGGACUCAACAGAACAUCUCAAACAUGAGAGGUCAGAUGGCCAGUCUUGGACUCCACUUCAACUGGGACAGGGAGUUGUCUACCUGUUCUCCAGAGUACUACAAGUGGACUCAGUGGCUCUUCCUGCAACUGUUCAGACGAGGCCUCGCCUACCAGAAACAGGCUCUGGUGAACUGGGACCCUGUGGAUAAGACUGUUCUGGCCAAUGAGCAGGUGGACGACGAGGGGCGGUCAUGGCGGUCCGGGGCUCUGGCGGAGAAGAGAUACCUCCUGCAGUGGUUCUUCAAGAUCACCCACUAUGCCGAGCAACUGUUGAGUGGACUGGAGACCCUGGAGUGGCCGGCCAGUGUGAAGCUGAUGCAGACCGAGUGGAUCGGGAAGUCUGAGGGAGCUUUCUUCGACUUCCAACUGAGGAACACUCUUGAGCAUCACCACCCCUCCUCCUCCUCCUCCUCCUCUCCCUCCUCCUCCUCUCCCUCCUCUCCCUCCUCCUCCUCCUCCUCUCCUCUGCCAAGUCUGAGGGUGUUCACCACAAGACCUGAAACUCUGUUUGGAGUCAACUUCCUAGCCGUCAGUCCAGAGCAUCCCCUCUUGCUCAAGACAGAGCUGUUCAGUGAGUCGGUGAUGGCUACCGUGGAGGAGAUGAGAUCUAGACUGUCUCACCACAGCACAAACAAUGAUUCCAGCUCCAAACAUGGUGUGUUCUCGGGUCUGUAUGCCGUUCACCCAUUCACUGGUUCCGGAGUACCGGUGUAUGUGGCCGACUACGUAGUUUCUGACUAUGGAACUAAGGCAGUAAUGGGUGUUCCAGCCCACGAUGCUCGGGAUCUGCAGUUUGCGGCCGAGCACCGUCUUCUCCCAGUCACUGAGGUCGUCAGUUCAGACGGUCUCUCCAUCAUCAAUUCCUACCAGUUCUCUGGAUUGUCUGUCGAAGAGGGGUCAAAGUCCAUCGUAAACUCCGCCCACAGCCAGGGGUUCGGAGGUCACAUGACCCAGUACAAGCUACGUGAUUGGCUCAUCUCACGUCAGCGCUACUGGGGUGCCCCCAUACCCGUCCUCCACUGCCGCAAGUGUGGGGUGGUUCCAGUCCCCGAGACUCAGUUGCCAGUCAUUCUGCCCACUGGUGUGGAGUUCAAAGGUCGUGGCCCCUCCCCCCUCUCGCAGGACGAGGCCUGGCUGAGAGGAGACUGUGGGAAGCCUGGGUGCUGUGCGAGGAGAGAGACAGACACCAUGGACACGUUUGUCGACUCCUCCUGGUACUUUCUCCGCUUCAUUGAUCCACAUCUCAAUGACAAGCCAUUCUCUGAGGCUGUGAGGAGGUGGAUGCCCGUGGAUCUGUAUGUCGGAGGAGUUGAGCACGCAAUCCUGCACCUGCUGUAUGCCAGGUUCAUCACUCACUUCCUCCAUGACCAAGGCUUUCUCUCGCACAAGGAACCGUUUCAGAAACUACUAGCUCAGGGAAUGGUUCAAGGAAAGACCUACAGACUGCGAUCCUCUGGGCGUUACCUGAGGCCAGAGGAGAGAGAAGGGAGAGAGAUGGUGGGAAAUGAAGAUGAUGAGGUCAGGGUGUCUUGGGAGAAGAUGUCCAAGUCAAAGUAUAAUGGUGUGGAUCCUGAGGUGAUCGUCAACGUUGGUAGUCAGUCACAUGUGACCUGCACUCUCCUCUCCGGUCUCUCUUCUGUUCGCCCUGGGUUCCUCCCUCCUGCCCUCCUCUCUUGCUUCCCCCUCUCUUCGUCCUCAAACUCUCUCUAUGUGUGUGUGUGUGUUGAAGGAUGUGAUCAGAGAGUAUGGAGCAGACACUGUCAGAGUGUUCAUGUUGUUCAAAGCUCCUCCUGAACUCGACAUGCAGUGGGACACACAAGCCAUCCGUGGAAUGUUGAGAUGGCUGGGAAGAGUGUGGACUCUGACUCAUGAGCAUGUCAAGGUGUGUCAAAGACGAGGAGAGAGGGAGGAAGGGGAGGAGAAGGAGGAGGAGGGUGAAGAAGGAGAGCAAAAGAUUGUUUCUGCAACUCAUAGAGCUAUUCAGGAGGUGACAGCAUCUUUCACAGAGAGACACACCUUCAAUGUGGCCGUCUCGGAGCUGAUGAUCCUCAGCAACACUCUCCGAGAUGGGCGGAGCCUGAGUGGAAGCCCCGCCUACCACUCCGCCCUGGAGACGCUGUGUCUGCUGCUGGCACCAAUGGCUCCUCACGUCACCGCACACCUCUGGGAAGAUCUUCAAGGAGUCCGACGAGUGCUUGGCUUACCUAUAAUCAAGGGAGAUGUGUUGAGCCAACCAUGGCCACAGUGUGAUGAGUCACUACCGAACAGACCAACUGACACUGUGGAGUUUGUGCUACAGGUGAAUGGUAGAAAACGAGCCGUCCUCUCACUGCCAAGCCACCUGGUGGACUCGGAGGACCUGAGUAGGGAGGUGGUGAGGGGUGCCGUGGGAGGAGGGAGUGAUAGGGGAAGAGGGAGAGGUGGGGAGGGUGAUUGUGGUACCUCACAGACACAUUGCAAACAUUGUCACCAGAUGAUGUCACUAAGAUAAUAUUAUGUCAAUGUUGUGUCAUCAGAAAUUUUAUGUCUACAACAGCAGUCAUGUAAAAAGCACCAUAUUGUUGUAAAAAUUGAUGGUCAGAUCGAUUCUAAAUUUAGUUGUUAUGAGUUGUGUUUAUGAUGAGUAUCAUCGCUACUGUCAUGUGAUGAAUCUUGUUCCGACUCUCCAUUUAAUGCCCCCUCCUCUCCCUCUUCCUUCUCUUCUUGUUUGUGCUUUGUUCGUCUUCUCACGGCACUGCCAUUACGCUGCUCGGCGCCUUGCUCAGCAGCCAGUUUCAUUUGCCGUCUCCUUGCCUUACUUCGAGCAGCUGAUGCCUGUGCGUUCCUCCGCCCUCGGCCGUGGGGUCAGAGGUCGUCUGAGACAGGUGACGGUGUAGAAGACAGCAACGGAGCAGAGGCUGAACCCUGCACCCACUGACAGCCAGGGGUGGUGGAUCGUCAUUGCCUGGUAUACGGUGUGCAGUCUUGUCCACCAAGAUCCAAAAACGGUCCAAACUGACCUGCCACCACCUAGAGGCU